GUCCCUAUCUAGAUUUUAGCAUUGAAACGAAUACCAAUCUGCAUCCUCCUUUACUUCAUGUUAACGUCGAGGCCACAUUGCAAGAAACCAAAACAUUUUUUUUUUCAAGCGACAGGGCUGGCGGUUGGAUGAUAUGAAGUAUUCACACCAUCACCAGGUUGCUAUUGUCUCGUUGUAAACAAAGUAAGCUAGCGCUGCUAGCUAGCACCAACUGUCAGUCAGCUGGAGGACUGGACCCUGUACCUACUGCGUGUGUUUGCUCGACCUCGCAGCAGAAACAGAAGAGAUGUUUGUAGCACAAUUUAUCUUGUGGUGGACCAACAGUCGCACCGCAGGCAGAGACUGAACGCCGCGCCGUGCUCUAAAAAAGAUUCAAAGAUUUCCAUUGAUCAAAACGCUGCAAACUUACGAAUGUAGGAUAAGAAACAAGUGUGAGAGCACAGUGUGAGAGGAGAGUUGACCUUCUCAAAGUGUUGUCUGCUGGCUUGGACACACGGAGUGUGUGUGUGUGUGUGUGUGUGUGUGUCUAUGUAUGUGUUUAUGUGUGUGAGUUUGUGUGCUUGAUUGCAUGCAGCUUUAGAACCCUGGCCUGAUGGAAAAGAGAGAGAGGAAGCCGGGAUACUUUGCCAGGCUGAAGAGGCGGAGACAGCUCAAGCAGAGCCAAUCAGAGAAGAGCGUGAAUGAGCAGAAACCAGCUAAUUCGCCCUUGAAGUCAUCCAUCAUCUCCUGUUCAGACAUCCCAAAUGCUACUGACACCAAGGACAAGAACGGAAAGGCAGACCCACAGGGAAUAACAGAAAAGCUGUCUGCAGGCUGUGAUGAUGGCUGCAAAAGUAAUGGUCAAGCAAAUAGGGAGAAGAGGAGGCCCCCAGGGACGGUGGAGUUCAUAGUUGGACCCAAUGAUUCCCUCAACAGCAUUGCACUUAAGUUCAACAUCACCCCAAACAAACUGGUCCAGCUGAACAAGCUCUUCUCUCGCAGUGUCUACCCUGGUCAGAGGCUGUUUGUGCCUGAUGUCAGCCAGUCAGAACCAGACUCAGACACUCAAAGUUCCUCUGACCCUGCCUUCACAAACGGCCUGUCUCAGGAAGCAUGCCACGACAGUGCUGUGAACAGCAGCUCAGCCAAGGCCUUACGGCGAGAGUUAUCUCCGGCCUCUGAGGAUGAGAGCCCAGCCACGGUUAAGUUCAUCAAGAUGAGCUGCAAAUACUUCACAGACGGCAUGGGCGUGGUGGGAGGGGUGAUGAUUGUGACACCCAACAACAUCAUGUUUGACCCCCACAAGUCAGACCCCCUGGUGAUCGAGCACGGCUGUGAGGAGUAUGGCCUGAUCUGCCCCAUGGAGGAAGUGAUCUCGGUGGCCCUCUACGACGACGUGUCACGCAUGAAGCUCAAGGACGCCCUGCCGUCAGACCUACCCCAGGAUCUGUGUCCUGUGUACAGGCCUGGAGAGUGGGAGCAGCUGCCCUCCGAGCGGGACCUCAACCCCUUCAGCCGCUAUGAAGCGCUGGAUCCCAAGCGCCCUAUCAUCUUGGAUGACAUUGACUCUACCCUCUCAGAAACUGGGAGUGCAGAGGGCGAACAGACAGAGAAGUCUCCUUCAGAUGAAGGCUUCACAGAGCUCGAGCCAACCGUCAACGGGAGCACAGAGGAGCCACAUGGGAAUUUGUCCAAACUCUACAACACUGUCAGUGGGGACCAGCAGGAACUCAUAGGACCAAGUUACUCGGACCAGGUAGACUUGCAGGAUGAGUCCCAUUCCCAUAAAAUAUCGACACUUUUUCAAACAAAAGGGAAGUUGGAUGAUGAGGAGGAUGAGGGUGUGGCUCAGAACAGCUCGGUUGAGGAUGGAGAGUCACUACAAUCUUCAUCAGAGACUGACAAACAGGGUGACGUGCACGGGAAACCUACAAGCCGAGAGGUCACUGAAACCAAAGAUAUGAAAUCUAAAGGGACUGAAGAAGUGAUAAAUGUGCACGAUGGCAUAAGCACUGCAGUGGACCAAAGCAGAGGGUUAAGUCUGAAAGACGCUGCAGAGACUCAUGGGAAAUGUAGUUUUCAGGGACCAUGCCAAGCAGUGGAUCUUCAGAAAGACCCAAGAGAAGAGGGCGGGCUGAGCGAGGAGGAGAGGAGAAAGAAGAGCUACGAGGCAGAAGUGAGGUCUUGGCUGCUGGAGAGGAUGCAGGCUCCAAUAGAAGACAUGCUUUUUUCCUCGGAGGAGAAGAGUAAAAACCCGCCCAUGUUCCUGUGCUUUAAAGUGGGAAAGCCAAUGAGGAAGUCCUUUGCCACAGGGAUGACCUCUAGCCCCGCCCACUCGUACGGGGCCCGGGGAAAGCAGCCAGAGUACUGGUUUGCUGUGCCACAGGAAAGGGUAGACCAUCUGUAUGCAUUUUUCGUCCAGUGGUCUCCGGAUGUGUACGGGAAGGAGGCGCGGGAGCAGGGCUUCGUGGUGGUAGAGAAGGAUGAGCUGGAUAUGAUCGAUAACUUCUUCAGCGAUCCUGCAUCUUGCAGCUGGGAGAUAAUCACUAUUGAUGAGGCCAAGCGCAGGCAGAGUUUCGGCAGCUGUGAUGGAGACCUGUCCAUGGAUGCGCUGCCCAUCCUCAGUGACACCAGUGAUCUGCUGCAGGACACACACAUUGAGAAGCUUGCCUGUCGCUUGCCGGCCCGUGUGCAGGGCUACCCCUGGAGGCUGGCCUACAGCACUGUGAAACACGGGACCAGCCUCAAGACUCUGUACAGGAACCUGGCAGAAGUGGACAGCCCGGUGCUGUUGGUCAUCAAAGACAUGGACAACCAGGUGUUUGGGGCCUUCUCCACUCAUCCCUUCAAAGUGAGCGAACACUGCUACGGCACAGGAGAAACAUUCCUUUACAGCUUCUGUCCUGAGAUCAAGGUGUACCGCUGGACAGGGGACAACUCCUACUUUGUGAAAGGCAAUACUGACUCUCUGCAGAUGGGAGGGGGAGGUGGUCAGCUAGGCUUGUGGCUGGAUGCUGAGCUGUACCGCGGCACCACCACCAGCUGUGCCACCUUCAACAACCAGCCGCUCUCCUCCCAGCAAGACUUCAACAUCCACAGUCUGGAGGUGUGGGCCUUUGAGUAGCUUCUCCGGCUCCAGCCACUUCUGCAUUUCACCCUACAAUCCACAACCCCUCCACCUUCAAACCCCCUAGUCUAUAUGCACCACUAGAGGGCGACACGGGCUACCCAAAUAACACUAAACUUUCUGUGAGACUAAGAAGGACUUUGCCAGGUCUGUCCAUCUUUUAUCUAAUCUUCUGGAUUAUUCACAGUCGGAGGAUGUGACCAAUCAUAGUUCAUUGUUUUGGGUGUUUGGUGGAUCCAGAUAUCAGGUGCUUUGUUGAUGGUCUGUAUGAACCUGUGUUGACAUGGGUUUUCCGGUUUACACUGGGGUUGUUACCCCUUGAAGGCGCAAAGUUUGAGAAAACAGCGUUCUUAUAUGCCCUCACUUCAUUGGCUGCCUUAGACAUCCCACAAUGCCUCCCGCUACCCCAGCAUGCAGACUGCCUAACCACCAUAUGCUUCUGAGGAGGGGAACGUGAAAAAUGAAGGUGCUAAGAGGGCUGCCAUGUGACCCUGUGGCUCUGAGGUCCCUAAAGACCCCAGCCUGAGCAUGAUACAGUUGAGGUAAUCUGAAAAAAAGCUGGCUUGAAGAGUCACUAUAAAAAAUGAGGUGCCCCAUAAUGCUUUAGGUUCCUUUGUGCUGAAAUAAUUGUAUGUUUGAUAUCAAUAUAGAAAAAGUUUAAAACGGUAUAUCGGUGUGCAAAGGGAAGAGGAAACUGUGAUCCAAGGAUUCGAGGUAGUGCAUUCGGGAUUUUAGUUUCCCUAUCAAAACCAUAUAUCCUCCCGAUUAGGCCCGUUUUGAAUGCAGGAAAUGGAGUAACUGUUUACAACGAGAAGUGUCGAACUUCCUCCGAAGGCCGCCUUGUUCUCGGAUUUUAAGUCAUAAUCUGAACGAGAAUGUUCCAUUCCAUUCCACAACCCCUCACCAUCCAAAACAACUGGUUAGCCAGGAAGGGAAAGUAUAAAGGGACGGUUUGCAGUGACCAAAUUUCAUGUUUUCUUUUUUUUUUUUUUCUUUUUUGUGAAUCCACCUUUUAUAUGUUUUAGAAUUGUAUUUUUACAUGAUUUGUUUUGACAAAGAAUGUUUCUCUCUCUCUCUUUUUUUUUUUUUUUUUUUUACGGUUUUAUUGUUUAUAAAUGUGUUCUGCUGAAUGUUUCUGUUCUUUGAUUUGAGUGGUCAAAUUGAUGCAUCCCAAAAAGCACUAGAGAGGACUGAAGAAACUGGUGGCCGUAUUGAAUGAAUGUCUCAUGCUGACUAGUUUGAUCUCUGAUUUUUAACGUGCAGUCAUCAUUGUUUGGGUUUUGUAACCAGUAUUAGUUUAACAUGUCAGUUUGCACUUCAGGAUUUCAUUCAUACUACAUCGUGGCCCUGUGUAAUUGACGGAAAGCAUUCCUUAUAUGAAAAUUGCCACUGAAUGUUGUUUGAUUGCCACGACAUGAGUAAGCCCCUGCUUUGUUUUAAAGGGUGGAGAAAAGGGAUCAUCAGUCAAUUUUAUUGCACUCUAAUGCCAUGCCACUAACUAAAAGUUCAGUUCUACUAACAUGGAAAAGAAAUACUUGUUUGUAUCCUGUGUAUUCCACAAAGACCUUACACAGGCUUGUAGUGCAUGAAUAUGCAAUCCUGAAAAUGUUGGACACUGCUAGUAUGAUAUCUGCCAUACUAUUCACUCAUGCCAGGUAUUGCUUCAUGUGAAAAUGAGCUUUGUCCUCUUGGCUGUUAAGUGUUGUUGUAACUGUGAAUGCUCCUGAAGUAUUAUUUCUUGUGAAUCCAAAACUGUUCUGUGACAUCACCAAGGAUCUAUUUAUUGUGUUGUUAUUGCUACCACAUUUAAACCUAAAUAAAUGUUAAACAUACAUAA